AGAGUAAUCAGCAGGAGCAGGGCCAGUCACAGUCAGAGCACAGCGAUCAUUAUCACAAACUACUGCGGGAGUCCAGCAAGAGUCACAUCACACUCGCUUAAGUCCGGUCUAACACAUCCAGAAACGGGAACGCCAGAGUCUGCAUAUCCCUGGAUAUUUGCCCUGCACGACCGCUCGGCUCCGGUGUGUCAUCUGAAGCAGGACUUUGGAUAUGAUUAAGGAUCAUAAGAGUAGAUUUGUUUCCUCCGCAGUGGGACGGCUCGAUCCACCCCCGAGUCUGAUCUGAUGAUUUGAGAGGGAAGCAACGCAGCGCUGUGACUGUGCACCAUCUUCCUGCAGCUUCAGCCCACAUUUCAUCUGAAUCUGCAGACGCACUCCACUGAUCGAACGCUUUUCCUUUCUAUAAACAAAUCUCACCCGAGAUUGCGACUGACGCCAUUUUUUUUACAGCGAUAAAAACUCCGUCUGCUUGAGUUUGAAGGAUUGUAAAGUGCUUGUCACAAUCUAGUGGAUGGAUUUAACGCUACUCUCUUAGACUUCAGCAGCAGGAGCUUCAGAAAUGGGUUCACCUGGGAAAAACUCCACCUUAGUGAGAUUUAUAAGAUUCCGAGAGCAGUAGAGCCAAAAGCCAUCAUAUCCCUCUCAGAUUAAACUCAGUCACCUGGACAGUGUGUCCCUCUGCCCUUUUUGGGUCUUCCUGAUUCUUGAACUAAGCUUUGAGAUUGUCAAUGGAGCAAAGAGACCUUACUCGGACGGCCCAGCCCAAAGGAAACGAGGAGUUCUUCUCCACUGUUACCACCAUCAACAGAGCAGAUCUCAGUGAGGUGGGUCUCCUUGCCAGUCCAAUAAAGAGCCUCCCUUUACCUGGAGAGCAACAGGACCAUGAAGAGGACGAAGACCUCGGUCUGGGGAAGGAAAUUGAUGUCACUUCUAAUGCGGACAGUGAGAGAUGGGGGCAGGGAGAUGGGCUGGAAGAGCAGGAAUUCUCCAUCAAGGAGGCCAGUUUCUCUGAAGGCAGCUUGAAGUUGAAGAUACAAACAACCAAGAGGGCCAAGAAACCUCCUAAGAACCUGGAGAACUACAUCUGUCCCCCUGAGAUCCGCAUCACUAUCAAGCAGCCAGGAGAUCAGAAGACCGGCAAGCAUGCCAGGAGUGUCAGGGGAGGGAAGGAAGAAGAUAAAGGACCCCCCAGAAAAAGGACCUACGAGAGGCCUUAUAAACGAAUGGAUAAAACUGACAACGUGAUGAUGGAUAACAUGAAACCAAAGCAUGAGUCUAAAAGCAGAAACAUUUGCCACCUUGACUGGACAAAGCUGUUGGAUACUGAUGAAAAUGCAGUGUCCCAAGAACAGGAUGGGACAGAACCAGAAUCAAAAAGAGAAUCAGCGUGCACCAACAAGAGCCCUUUGUCAGAACCCAACACCCAUGCCAUGUCUUCCCCAAGCACUGACUCACUAGCAUUAUCUCCAGUUGAUGCAGUAAUGAGCCCCCCAGCUGACUCAACUAUGUUCUCUUUUAGUAAAGACAGAGGUUUGCAGGAAGUCACUGAGCAAGUUUUUGGGAACAUCAAACGUAAAUAUGGAAGAAAAGACCCAAUGAAGGCUUCUACCACGCAUAAUUUAGGCCUUCAGUGGGAUAAAAAGAUGGACAGAAAUACUGAAAACCAAGAUAAUGCUAAGGAGAAACAACCAUACAACACUGAUAAAAGUGAAUUUGAAAAAGAGGAGUCUGAAAAGUCAAGCAGUAAGCUGGAUGAUGAUAAUAAGACAACAUCAAGUUGUGGCACUCAUCAUGCAGAUGAAUCUAAGAGUAAAAAGCGAAGAAACAAAAAAGUAGGUGACGAUAACAACUUAUCUGAUGCACAAACCACACAGCAAGCUGAGAAGAUUGAUAAAACACACAAAGGUAGCACAAAACCUAAAAUGACAAAGAAAAUAGAAUUCAGUGCACCAAAACAAUUUGGUGUAAAGUUACAGGAGAUUGAAGAAGAACGUGCUGAGACAUUAAAUGAUGAUGUCGAGAUGUUUCAAAAUAGACCAAGGAAAACACCAGCUGGGAGACAAAGAUCAGUGAUUGAUGCCGACAAGCAAACAGAGGGCAGGCAAUCAAAGGUCAAGGAAAGGUGGUCUUAUUUAAAAUCCCAGAAAUCCUCUCUUCAUAAAGACUUGAAUCAGUCUCUGUCCAUCGAAGAGCCACCCUCUGCCUUCCCUAUUACCCCAUCCAGCCCACUCUACACAAACACAAACAGUUUGACAGUCAUUACUCCAGUAAAGAAGAAACGUGGCCGGCCCAAAAAACAGCCGUUACUUACUGUGGAGACGAUUCACGAGGGAACUGCAACAAGCCCUGUUAGCCCUAUAGCCCAAGAUUCAUCCAGCACUUUAAAAAGGAGAAAGAAGCAUAACUUGUCGAAAUUGGUGCAGUUGGCCUUCAACAAAUCCCCUCCGGCACAGCAAUUAAAACUCAAGAAAUCAGGUCAGGAAGGUGUCCUUAAAAAGAGGGCACCUAAGAAAAUGAAACUGGUCAAGAUGCAAAACAUUUUGAAUGAACUUUUGACCACUUCUAGUCCUGGCAAUCUUGCCUUGAAGUCCAGUGUUCCAGUUUCAAAUGCCAUGUCGACUGUGGCAUCGACAAUCGAGGCCCGUUUUGGCAAGCAAAUCAAUGUCAGCAAGCGUGGGACUAUUUACAUAGGCAAAAAGCGGGGAAGGAAGCCCAGAAUUAAUCUUCAUACCCAGCAAAAUGAGCACAAAGCCAGUGAUAAGCACUCGUUGCCUAUAUCUAGUCCAUUUGAGAACCCACUAGUGCCUUCUAAUAUGUCAUCCACAACCGGAAUGCCUUCUCCCAGGGUCAUGCCUUCCCUUUCUUCUCCCUCUGCAGCAGGUGGGACGUCUCACCCUGGCCCCAUGGAUACCAGCCAGCAUGACCUAAAGACAAUGCCAAAUCUACAGCCUAUCAGUGCAUUGCCCACAAAAACAUAUAAGGGCUUGCUUAGUAGUAACUGGAAGCUGUCUCCCCCAAGACUAAUGGCCAACUCACCAUCCCACCUGUCCGAAGUGGCUUCUGUCAAAGAAGUCACCCUAUCUCCAGUUAGCGAGUCCCACAGUGAAGAGACAAUCCCUAGCGAUAGUGGAAUUGGCACCGACAACAACAGCACAUCAGACCAGACCGAGAAAGGCCCGGCAUGUCGCCGAAGAUACUCAUUUGAUCUUUGCAGUUUUGAUGCCGCUGAGACCGCUGUUUUAGAGGCAAAAAGCAAAGCAGUGAGGGGGCACUUCCAGAAGCAUAUGACUGGAGUCGCUGUGGAAAAUUUCUUUGCUCAAGAGAGCCUGAAGAAGCAGAAACAUCGGAGGAAACGCAAGGCGCUCCAGAGCCGGGAUGACCUGCAGUUUAUGGCUGACCUAGAGGAGCUGGUUAGCAAAUUCCAGUUGUUCCGAAUCUCCCACCGCAGCUACAAGUUCUACCAUGAGAAUUCCUAUCCCAGCAUCUUCCGUCUUAACUUUGACCAAUACUAUCCUAUGCCAUACUAUCCCUACGACCCUGUGCACUAUCUUCGCAGGAGCUCUGAUAAGUCAAAGAGGAGGCGUGGUCGGCCAGCCAAGUCAAACGAGCCAAUAUCAAAGAUGCCUUUCAUUCAAGGGUUUGGCUGCCCAGUGCCUGGUGGCAAUUACUAUGCACCCUACGCGAUGCCUUACACAUCCAUGCCUCUUGCCACAAGUAUGGUAAACAUGGGCUAUUAUGGUCAGUACCCUUCACCCUUGUACUUAUCUCAUGCACUUGGACCUUCAGCCUCUCCACUCAUGAGGCCAUCAGUCCCUCCACCAAAGUUCCACCCUGGUACGUCCUCUAGUCUCGCUGCUCCUAGCAGACAUAGAGCGAAGAAUAUGCCACAUGAGAUGCCUUCAUCUAGAAUGAAUGACUCCCAUCACCCUUCAAGCAGCUGUUUGGGAAAUGUCUGUCUCCACAAACGCAAGCACAAGUACAAACAUAAAGAGGAUCAGUACAUCCCACAGAGGGAGGACCUCGGAGGGCUCUUCAGUGGAACCCAGAGUCCUGCCUUCCUCAACCUCUUGAACGAGAGACUUGACAAGAACUCUCUGUCCAAACUGAAGGACAAGCAAAGAGGCAAGCAAGUCACAGAUGCUUUGCCAGAAACUUCAAGGAACUACUUUGAAGUAGACACGCUUUCAUCAUUGUCCUUAUCUGACUCUCAGCUUUGUAAACGCACUCGAGGAGAGACACUGAACAACUUCCUGAACAUCUGCACCAGACAACCACACGAGCACCUGCGAGUCAGCCAGGACCAGUCGCUGGACUCAUUCAAGGGGCAGCACUUAGGGGAUGAUGAUUCUAGCAUUCACAUCAGGAGGCAUAGCUUGGAGGACUUUGCAGCAUUCAGAGAAGGAAGCAUGGCGACUUUCCAAGGAGGCAGAGAAGAGAGGGCUGAGCAGAUGUACCAGUGCUCCAACACAGCUGUAUCAGAUCCCAGUUCCCACAAGAGGAGGCACAAGUGCAAAGAAGUGGAGGAGAUCCAGUGUGACGUGCAAAAAAUGUGUACCUUCUCCAAGAUCCUCACCACCAAGAAGAACCUGGAUCACGUCAACAAGAUUCUGAAAGUGAAGAGGCUUCAGAGGCAAGCCAAGACAGGGAAUAACAUGGUGAAGAGACGCAGAGGGAGGCCUAGGAAGCAGCCGCUUUCUUUUGAGGAGGGAUUGCUGGGUCAGAUGCCAGUUCUAGAAAAGUGUAUGGAUCUUCCAGGGAAGAAGAACCUUCACACUGGUCUGGUUCCUGCUCACCUUGAGUUCUCCAAUCAUGACUCCAUCACAGAUGCCAUUGAGUCAGUGGUACACAUGGCCAGAUCCCAAACCAACUGGCACAAAGUUCAGCCGGAGCUCCAAAUCGAGCACCCAAACCGCAAAGGAAGAGGGCACAAGAGAGAAGAAGCUACUCUCACCUCACAAUAGAGAAGUCAUGACAGUGCACUGUGAGUUAGCCUUGUGCUUGGGUCUUUGUAUCGUUUUUUCGAUUAGUUUUUAUCUGAAUUCUACUGACACAUUUUAAUGGGCAUUCGCUGAGAACUUGGAUCAUGGUUGUGGUCUAAAAAAAACUCAGCUUUUGGUUUGUAUGAUUCUGUCCAAAAAUUUUUUAUUGGUCUCAAGGAGACAAAGUGAACUUUUACUCUCCCAAAGCCCAUAACCAUGAAGACUUUGAAACUAUGGCUGUAGCCGUCAUGUACCAGCACAUGUAAAUGAACUUCAAUGACAGUACUGUGCACUUUUUUUCUUUCUCUUUUUCGUUUCACUCAAGCACAAAGCACAGGUCUUCUGGCAAAGGUUGAUUUCGAACAACAGGUCACCGGUAACUCACUGCUAACACAUGCUUACAUAAACUUGCCUGCGCUCAGGUGUGUUUCAGGCAUGAACUAAUGGCAAUACUUUUGGAUGAAAUCCUUUUGAUGGCUAUCUUUCACUGUACAUAGCAACAUAUUCUACUAACAUUUCAAAUUCAAAGUAUUUUAGAUCUACCUAUAAUGUCAGCAUAUUAAAUCAAAAACCAUAUAGAGUUUGAAAUGUUUUUUUUUCCUGUUUUUAACCAAAAAGAAGAAAAAAGCUUGUUCAAAUGGAAAAACAAAACAUAUUUAGUCAUGUAAUCUUUACGAAGUGGAAACAUUGCAGAUCGAAGGCUUGUUGAGACAGAGGACAUCAAAACACAUGCCAGUAGUUCACUAUAGGCUCAAUGAAAAAUGCUACGGUUGCAUUUAAAACCAACAGAGCACUUAUUUCUUUCCUCUUUUUUUUUGUAGAACAAGUUAGAGUGGGCUUGACAGUUUCAUAGUUGUUGCUUUUUUUUCGCUUUAAAUUCGCAUCUGGAUGGUAUUUUCGUUAUUCGAGUCGCCUUCUCCAGAGUCUCUUUGAGAAUGUGCCUGCUCUUGUUAACUAAACAAUAAUAGUAUGUCUAUAUACCUGUCAGUAUUACAUAUCCAUAUGACCAAAGUUUCAGUGUAGUCGUGUAUCAUAGAAUAGAUUGGUUUCAGUUUAGCUGCUUGUGUGUAUUACUAUGAAUGGUGUGCUUAUUCGUCGUUUGGAGAAAAAAACAAAAACAAAACGGAAUGUACACUGAAGACUAUUUGGGUGAACGUCCUGAACAUGGGACAUCACAAACUAAUCAAAUACAUGUCCUGUUUUAGACUCGAGUUACAGUGAUACAAGCGAUUUGGAAUCAGGAUAGAUUUGAAUGUGGCCCGAAUUUGAAUAGCUUUCCAUUUGUUAAUGAUUUCUUGGUUUUUCCAUAUAUGUGCCUUAUGUUUGUCUAUAAAUCC